GAUAGGACAGACUUGGCACCGCGUUACAAGCCAACCUUUAGAUGUUGAAUGGAUUCCGCACGUUCAUCAAGACAGGGUCAACCCAAGAAUUAAUCCUGAAAAAAACUUUUUUCCUAUUUUUCGAACAGAACAAUGGAAAAUUUGGACGCAAGUUUUAUAAUUAGUGAUAUCCAGUUGUCGCUGGUUUGUCGGGAAGCAAAGAACAUACCAGAGACUAUUGGGAAAAAAUAUGGAAAAGUAGUCAAGAUCUUGGACCUAAGCUCUAACGAAUUAAGAUCGUUGAAUGGCUUGUACUGUUUCGAAAAUCUGGAGGAACUUAUUCUUGACAACAACCAGCUGGGAGAUGAUGUGGAAAUUCCCGUAAUGGCCAAUUUACACACUCUAACUUUAAACAAAAACAAUAUAUCCAAUCUAGACGUAUUCUUGGACAAAGUUUCUAAGAAUUUACCCUCUCUGAAAUAUCUCAGCCUGCUAAGUAACCAGGCCUGUCCAAAUGAACUGUCAUUUUCAUACAGAGACGAAGAAGAUUAUCAACGAUACAGAUACUAUGUACUUCACCGGCUGCCAAACCUAAAAUUCCUCCAUUCCAGGCCUGUUCAAAAAGCAGAGAAGAGAGAGGCACAGAGAGUUGGUGCUUAUAUGAAGAUCGUUGCCCCUUCAGUAACCGACCUGAAAGCUCAAAUGCAAGAAAGCGUGGAAAUAUCAAGAUUCACUCCGCUGCCCAGUGCUACAAAGGCUCCAGGUAAACACAGGGGAACGUUCGGACGAAUUCGGUACAAUUACUCUGGGAAGAACUCUGAAGGCAAUAGAUUUAUUAAGAAUGCUCAGCUUUGAACCUGGAAAGUGUUCUACAAUUUUCAUUGUAAUUUAAGACCUCGUACCGUGAGAUGCGGACCGAGAUUUUCGCUCGUAUCUGUUGCCCGCGCGUUCGCGCUUGGGCCAUGGAUCAGAGCAGAAAAGGAAACAAGGUUCCGUAAUCAACAUCAGGGACCGAGCAAACGAGGUUAGUUAUUUUGAAGGUAGUUAUUUUGCCUCUGGGUUCCAACAGGAGGGUCUCAACGGGGUAAACUGUUAGCCCUAAAACAGAACACGCGUUGAUAGUUUCGUUGUGCUUUAAAUUGUUGCUGGUUUGUCGUAUCUUCCUACUCAGCCUGUCGAGGAGCAAUAAAUCAAUAAAUCAUUUAAAACCUAUUGGAUAAAGUAGAGUGGGAAAUAUUAUAACAGAAAGAAUGUGUAAAGAUCAAUAAAACCUUAUUACUGAAAAUGAAAA